GGGCAACCUUCACCUAUUUGAACAUUCGAUGGUUUCAACCCAACGCAUCGAUACGUUGUCUUCAACAUGAGACUUUUUGUGCUGGUUUUCUUAUGUAGGUUCACUUUGGUCAUGAAUUUCAUUCAUAUUCCCGAAGUGUCUCGUAAGGCGAUAAUUUGUGAAGGAUCAAAGCAAUAUAUCCACUGUCCUGACAGAAGCUAUAUUGUGAUUACCAAGGCAAACUAUGGCCGUACAUCCAAAACAACGUGCGGAAGAGAAAGACAAACCAAAUGCCUGUUCAGCGUCUCGACCAAACUCAAGACUAAGUGCGAUGGGAUUCGUUCUUGCUUUGUAAAUCCAACGAACAAGUUCUUUGGUCACGACCCGUGCAGAGGUGUUGCUAAGUACCUKGAAGUCUGGUACAAGUGUAGAGCUAUUCUAGCUGUUUAUGGCCGUUAAGUUUGGAAACUCACUUAUUGUAAUUGUAAUUGUAAUUUAGAAAUGAGGGUCACAUGACCCACGGUUUUGACUAUAUGUUUUUUGAACCUUAGGGUUAGGUUUGACAUUUGGAUUAGAUUUGCGGCCUCAGGAUUAGGUUUACAUUGUAUUGUAAUCACAAAUAAGAGUCAUAGUCAGAAAUGUAAUAAGGCUUGGGGUACAAAUGAAAUAAACCUGRGAAUACGGAUC